CAUAGUGGCUGCACACACGGAGAGCGAACUUACCUCACAGAACAUGAUAACGGUUUUUUCUGGUAUUCUCAUACAAGGUUGAAAAAGAUACUAAGGAGGAAACAAGUCACUGGACCACAGUGCUUCUGUCAUACAUCUGUUGACAGUCUUCGUGGACCACUUCUCUGUUGAUCUACAUUUUGGAUUUCCCUCGUACUUUUAGAAGUGACAUUUCGUUUUUUACUUGGGACAUUGCGGCUUGCGUUGAUGCAUGCUUUUGCUGGCUGUCAUUUGCUGACCAAUUCCCUGAGACAGUUUUAACAAAACUGGUAAGCUCACUUUCAUUCGACUUCAACAGAACAAACAAAAAAUGGAGCAGCCUUUCUAUCAUGACGACUCCUUUCUCUCGGCUUACGGCCACUCUGAUGCUGCACUGCAUGACUACAAAAUCCUAAAGCAGAAUAUGAAUUUGAAUUUGACGGAGCCUUAUCGCAACCUCAAGUCUGACCUGUACCAGGCAGCGCACCAGGACGUCGGGUCACUGAAGCUUGCUUCCCCCGAACUCGAAAGGCUAAUCAUUCAAAAUAGUAACGGCAUAAUUACUACUCCCACCCCAGGUCAGUACUGGGGGCAUCGCGGCAUCACUGAUGAGCAGGAGGGCUUUGCGGAGGGCUUCGUAAAAGCCCUGGACGAGCUCCACAAGAUAAACCAUAUGCCAAUGCCCCCGCCCAACGUGUCUAUUGGAGCCGGCGGUGUGACGACUUGUUCGGCGGCGGCGGCCUCUAGUGUCUUCGGCUCCUCCCUGCAGCCCGAGCCUCCCAUCUACACAACACUGAACGCAUAUUGCCCAAACACUAACCUCUCUUCCGCAUCCAGUUACCCCAGUACCACCAUCAGCUAUUUACCUCCGCACCACCAGCAGGGUCAUCACCAGAACUCCACGAACGUGUCACAUCCCUUUCAGCACUCUUUACCUGGAGCUGGAGUCCACCCACAGCGCCUUUUGGCUUUCAAAGAAGAACCACAAACCGUACCUGAUCUACACAGCAGCGACGGUUCCCCGCCAAUGUCCCCGAUCGACAUGGAAAACCAAGAGAUCAUCAAGGCCGAGCGAAAGAGGCUGAGAAACCGCCUGGCAGCAACCAAAUGCCGUCGGCGCAAACUGGAGCGCAUAGCCCGACUGGAAGACAAGGUGAAAGUUCUGAAAUCUGACAACGCUGGUCUCUCCAAUACAGCGACUGUGCUUCGUGAACAAGUCGCCCAGCUCAAACAGAAAGUCCUGACACAUGUAAGCAGCGGCUGUCAGCUAAUGUUGACGAGCAAAAUGGAGGCAUUUUAAAUGUAAAGACGGUUGCAUUACGGAGAGAAAUUAGGCCUAAUGAUUUAAAAGUGACAACACUGGAGGAAUGUUCAACAUGAACAGCACUGGAAUAGGCCAUUAACAGAAAGGCUAUUGUUGGUUAUGACAAUAGGGGCGCAGUUUCUGUCGGCUAGGCCUACUCUAUGUUAGGGUAAAAGUCUGACAGAAAUGGUACUUCCGAAUGCUGGACACUGCUCAAGGAACCAUAGACGUCUGGCUGAACAGAGACCGGCCAUUUUCGCGAGCAUCAUAACUGUGAUGUAUCAUGGGUAAAUAGUGACCGACUGGGCUACACAUAAUAAUGUGUGGUUAGUUAUGAUGUGGUGAUUUGUAGAUCAGUAAAUUUGGACUUGCCAGAAGUAGAAAUGUCGAACUGAGCAACUAGAAAAGCAAACCAGAUACCACGUGGCAGACUGGUAACAUAAAAUGGUAACAUUUUAUUGUUUGUACUUCUGCAUAUAUUCAUGCAAUGCUGCAUUCAUUAAAUGUGUAAGUUAUUUUGAUUGACAGGUUGAUCCUGACAAACUAAUGUCAUGUAUGUUUACAAUGUUUUUUUUUAUUUGUGCAAUGUAUAUUUAAGUAAAGUCUCUUUUAAAAUGA